AUGGCGCAGCUGCAGACGAACCAGAACCAGCGCCCCGGUAUCCCACACCCACACCACACCCACCACUACCACCAGAUCUGGGAUGAGCUCGUCAGAGCUCUGACCCCUUCUUGGACCCGGGACUCGGAGGUGGAACAGAACUCCUCCCGGUUGUUCUCACGGGGAAUUGUGAAGUCCAAGCACGAGAAACACGAAAGGCAGCGCCAGUGCGUCCCCGUCGGCCCCUCGUCUUCCUCCGCGCCUUUCUCUUCUUCAAUUCUUCGCCCGCCCGCCGUUCGCCUCGCCAACCCUGUCAAUCACGUUCCGAGAAUCACUCCAAUCUCUAUCCCUCCAUACCAAUCUGACGAAAGCCUUCCUCUCGGUCCUCAGUCCCCUCUUCUCAGUGUCCCCGAACGCCGGCGCAGUCGCUUCACCCCGUCCCCCUCCCCGUCCAGCCUUCUCGUCGAGCGCAGCCAGGGCGAGACCGAGAGUGGGCGCACGAGUAUCGCUUUACCCCCUCGCCAUCGGAAGAGUGAACAACUGUCCCCGACAGAGAUGGCAGCAGCAUUUGCAGGCAGUGCGGCGCGGGAUCUCGAGAAUCUGCGGCCUCCGGAAGAGGUCCAUUUGGCGUCCGAUGGAACACGCCGUGAUGCUCAACAACCCCGACAUGCCCAGUCCCAAACCUCCCUGCGGUCGCAAUCCCAAAUCGCCUCCGUCCCGUCCAAUACAGGCCAACAGGGCCCGGCGGAUGUCGCCGAGGAACUGGCCUGGGGCCCCGCCCACCCCUGUUAUCCUCAUCUCAACCCCCAUGUCCCGAUCGGCUCGCAAGAAUACCUCACCACACGAGUCAUUCGCAUUCGACGCGAUUGGAUGGUCAGGGGAGACCUGGCACCGACAUUCUCAAACCUAUACCCAGAGAUCUUGGACCCGUUACUAUCGGAGCAGGAGUUCCGCCAAAUCGUCUCGACCGUCAACAAUGGCGUCGUCAAGGCGUUCGACCCCUAUAGCCUGCGCAACUGGGUGGACGGGGCAAUUGGUCUUUUGACCGGCUGGGUUUGGGACGAUCUGAACGCCCCCGAGGUCAAGGGCGAACUGCAGCAGGUGGAGUCCUGGCUUCAGAACUGGAAUCGGGAAGUCGGUGCCAAGGACGGUGUACACAUUUGGAGUCUACGACGAACGGCAUACAUGUCGAUCGAUAUCCAGAUUCCUGAUCCUAAGGUUGGCAUCGUGCCCAGCGAGGCUCCCUCCUUGCCGAAUACCAGGCCCAGCACUGGUGCUGGGAAUUGA